AUGCACGUACUCGCAUAUAUACUUUUGGCCUUAUCUGCAGUGACAGCCGCCCCCACGUCGACGACCAGUACAUCCGGAGCUCCAUAUUCGACCCCGGUGCUCACUCCUGCAUCAUUCGCAUUGCAGAGCUUUGACGUCAUCAUAGUCGGAGGAGGAACUGCAGGCCUUGUCCUGGCCUCUCGUCUCUCAGAGGUCCGAGAAAAUCCGCUCUCAAUACCACUACGCAUAGGUGUUAUAGAGGCUGGUCAAGACUGCGCGCACGACUCCCUCAUCGAUAUCCCAAACGCAGGAAACCUACUUGGAAAUGCUGAUGUUGGAACACUCCUCGGCAACCCUACCUAUGACUGGAUGCUGCAGAGCGUACCUCAGGCUGGGUUAGGCGGCGAGAUCAUUCAAUACCCUCGAAGAGGCAAAGUAUUAGGUGGCUCAUCUGCGAUCAACUCGAUGGUUUGGCAACGCGGCUCUCGUGCGGAAUACGACGCAUGGGGUACUGCGUUUGGCAACGGACCACAUUGGACUUUCGACAACCUCACUCCGUACUUCGAGCGCGUUGAGCAAUGGACCGCACCUACGGAUGGCUCAUCCGCGCUGCUGAGGGAAACCUCUGUCGAAAUAGACUCAUUGGCCGCUUCGCAUGGUCACUCCGGACCUCUCGCUGUCAGUUAUAACAACUAUCUCACUGAUCUUGACCGACCACUUGUGCAAGCUGCUGCACAACUAGGUCUCACUCCAAACCCUAAUCCGGAUGCUGGCAACAGCACAGGGUUCCCGACGUCAGGCGUCGCACGGUCUGUCGAUCCGGUGACAGGGAAGAGAACCUAUGCUGCCAGCGCGUACUAUGCUGCUAAGGAGCGGAGUCGGCCUAACUUGGUUGUCCUGACGGGGGCAAUUGUGACCAACAUACUGUGGGAGGAAGCAGAAUUGGGACGAGAACCAAGGGCCAAAGGCGUUGCAUACGUUGUAGGAAAUAAGACGUACGAGGCUCGGGCCAAAAAAGAAGUGAUCUUAUCCGCAGGAUCUCUCAAGACUCCACAGAUCCUGGAGCUGUCUGGAGUUGGGAACAAGACCCUGCUCCAUGGCCUUGGGAUACAUGUCACGCUUGAUCUGCCUCAGAUUGGUGAGAAUCUGAACGACCACCCGGUCACGUUAUCGGACUUUAAAGUCAAGGAGGGGGUUAUAACGCUAGACCAGCUCGGCUUCAAUAAGACUUACGCCUCAGACCAACAACGAAGCUACAAUGCGACUGGCACAGGCGCGUUCUCAUAUACCUCCGCUGACCUUGGCCCGAUCCCACUUCGCUCAAUCACCACUCCUACUCAAUAUGAAACCAUGCGCAAGGAGCUCGACUUAUCACUGAAGUCUAUGCACCUGACCCCACUGCAGCGUUCGCAAUAUCAAGUACUCAAGAAAUUUGUGGAUGGAGGGCAAGCAGGUUGGGUCGAAUUAGUCCUUGUACCGAGCGGCGGUGUGGUUAGUACGCCUGAGAACAAUACAGGCUAUCUGACUGCAGUGGCUAUUCAACUGCAUCCAUUCGGACGUGGCUCUGUGCACAUCAACAGCACAGAUCCAUUUGCUUCACCCGUGAUUGAUCCGAAGUUUUUGCAGCUUCCAUGGGAUGUCGAUGUCCUUCUUCGUGGAACACAAUUUGUUCGAAAAUGGGUUGGAACGAACCCCAUCGCUGAUCUUGUUGAUGAGCUGGUGACGCCGCCUGCCAGCGUAGAGACGGAUGAGCAAUGGACGAAAUAUAUGAAAACGGUUGUCAGAACAACUAACCAUCCCUUGGGUACAACAGCAAUGGCAGCGAAACAUCUAGGAGGCGUUGUCAAUUCCCGAUUGAAGGUCUACGGCCUAGCAAAUGUCCGAGUCGUCGAUGCCGGAAUCAUUCCUCUUACCAUCGGUGUUGCUAUUCAGCCCACUGUGUAUGCAAUUGCCGAGAAGGUACAUUGA